AUGGGCCAGGCAUGCAGCGCCGACGACAGGGAGGAGGAGGUGGAGAUGAGGCGGCAGAACAGGGAGAGGACGAGGAGGAAGGAGGAAGCAAGGAAGAUGGAGGAGGAGUGGAGGGCGCGCAACCAGCAGACGAGGAUGGCUGUCCAACCAGCGCACUCGUCUGUGGGAAGCAACAAAGUCAAUCCCCUCUGGAUGCCGCUGCAGACGGUGUCAGACACCAUGGUGGCGGCUGGGAGGAUCUCCAACGUGAGGGAGGAGAGGACGCAGCAGAGCGUGCAUGGUGGAAGAAGCGUGAAGUACGUAACGACGACUGAAAGGGAGAUGAACGCAAGGAAGGCGAUGAGCCAGCUGAAGAGCAUGAAUGCGUUCGAGGAGCGCUCCUCCCACUCCUCACUGCAAGAAAGCUCACAGUCAGCCGCUGCUAGCCUGUCGUCGUCGUCGUCCUCCUCCUCCUCCUCCUCCGACUUCUACCACCCGAGGGAGAAGCAGGAAGUCCUGCACAAGAUCGAAGCUCGGGUGAUCCCCCACCGGCGCAGCCCUGACCUCUACAAGUUCCCCCACCUGGAGCUGAUCCCCGAGGACGCACCGCAGAGGCUCUACAGCACGUACGAAGAACUCUGA